UUUUUUUACAGCGCAUGUCCUUUUUUUUAGUUAUUCAUUUUUUGUAUUUGAAGGGGGCACGCAAAAACAACCUCGAUCAAGAUAAAGCACCAACAAAUCCGAAACAGAUAAUCGGUUGACAGUAAAAUCAUAGUCCUCUAGCAGAUGAUCCGCCAAGUGCAUGAUGGGUGCUUCAUCCCUGAGCUCUGUGCACCAUCUACUGUACACAACAGAGGAGAAGGCAUGGCCCACCAGCAGCAGUUUGUCGCCCAGCAGCAGCCGGCCGAGGUGGGGACGGUGAUGACGCAAGCACAAAGCCCCGGGACGUGGAGCACCGGCAUGUUCGACUGCUGCAGUGAUAUGGGCACCUGCUGCUGCGCCCUUUUCUGCUUCCCCUGCAUGCAGUGUCAGACGGCCUCUGACUUCGGCUGGUGCUUCUGCAUGCCAGUGCUGGACUCCUUCUGCUGCGUGGUGUCCUGCAUCCUCCGCGGGAACAUCAGAGAGCGCCACGGCAUCCCUGGCUCUCGCUGCGACGACUGCUGCAAGAUCUUUAUGUUUUACCCGUGCGUCUGGUGCCAGAUGAACCGCGAGCUGAAGAUCAGGAAGAACUAGCCGGGCGGCGCCUCAGUGGCCGUCAGGGGUUAGGAGGCAACCCUUUGUGGCAUAUGACAUGAUUACCAAAUAUAGGUUAUAGUCUGUAGUCCAUAUAGUCGACUACUAGUACAUAUCUAUUGGUGUUAUAAUGACAAAAAAUAUACAAGAAAAGAUUUAUUCUGUUGGGGUUGAAAAAAAAAAAAAAAGAUGUAGUAAACAUGGCAAACUUUCCGCAGUUAGCACUGAGCAUCUAUACAUUGUAUAUAGUUUAAUGUAUAGAUUUGCUUUCCAAAGCCUUAGAUUCACUUUAAAGCCAGUUGUUUUGAGCAGAUUGUCAACACGUUUGGUUUUAUAAUACAGUGUAACAUCAGGUCAGCUUUUUGUCCGAUCUUUGAUUCACUCUUGCAAAUAAAAUAUUGACAUUUCAGUCAA